UCCCGCCGCCGCCACCCCUCCCCUAUAAACUCUCCGCCUCGCCGCAUACCUCCUCAGAUCGCAAACCGCCGCCGCCACUACGUACUCAUCAUCCUCACGCACGCGCAUACACUUUCUUGCUUCCGAUCCAUCAAGAGGCACACAGAGAGCCGAGCAGGGCCAAGAACCUGUCAGCGCCCAUGUCCGUGCUGGUAGCAGCGCCGGCGACGGCGGGGGAGAAGGCCAUGGCGACGACGGCGUGGUCGUACGUGGAGUACAUGGCGCAGUGGGAGCGGCAGGUGGAGCGGCGGCAGCUGUUCCUCCGCAGCUACCAUUUCUCGCGCGACGCCGAGGUCUCGCCGCGCGCGCGCACGCGCCGCGUCGUCUGGGCCGGGGCGCGACGCCUGCGCCGCGCCGCCGCCAAGGGGCUCCGACGGCUCCGGGCGCGCAUCCGCCUAUGCUUCGGCUGGGCGGCGCCCGCGCUCCGCCGCCGCUCCUCCCCACGCCGUGGCGGCGUCCACGGGUUCCGCUACGGCCGCAUCCCCCGCGCCAACGCGGCGUCCGUCUGCUUCUGGUAGCCAUGUCGCGUGAAGGUAGAAUAGAUAAGGAAAAUCGAGCUCGCGCGCGGGAGCGCAUUUGUUGUCUUGUAUGUCCGACAUUGGGACGCUGUAAAAGUCACAGAUGAUAUCGUAGGAAUGAGAAUGAGAUUAUCGCUUGCUCAGGUUCCUUAAACCCUGAGCUAAUGACGCCAAGCGGAAUUGAGA